AUGGACGUGCACAUCCAGGGCUUGGAGAAGCUUUUGCUCUCAGCCCAUCACCUGGAGCAGAGGCUGAAGCCUCCGGGUGCUCAGCCAGAACUUUGGUUCAUUCCCCAGACGGCAGUGGCGCUGCCUCUGUCAGGGACCACCGCGGUCCCUCUCCGCUCGUCACCGGGAGCGCCGCAGGGCCCGCACCGUAUGGGCUGCCUUACAAAUGUGCCACCCCUGUCAUCAAUCCCGCCCCACAUCCCCCGGCUCUGGGAUGAAUGGCGAUAUAAAGGCUCUGCCAGGAGAAGGGAAGCAGGACGGGGGAGCCGAGCCGAGGAGCCGAGCCGAGCGGGCCGGGCCUCCACCAUGGACGCUUCCCGCCUCUUGCUCGCGCUGGCCUUGCUCUCGGGCAGCCUGAGGCCGUGCCGAAGCCUCGAGGAGGCGCUCGGCUCCCAGGAGUUCUUGGCCGAAGAGCCCAACACCUACCCGGAGCGGUUCCUGGACUGGAUGCAACAAGAGAGUGAGGACUACGCUGGCCAGAGCUCACCUGAAGAGCAUCCUCCGGGCGUCCUUUUCCGCUCAUUCCUCCAUGCUGUGCAGAGACCUGGCCGCAGCUCUUUCCUAUUCCAGCCACAAAGGUUUGGCCGGGAAGCCAGGGCCAGCUUGAGAAGCGCUGGCCGGAUCAAACCACGGGCUUGGGAUUCCUUGGCACCUCACUUUCUGAGUAUGGCUGCCCCACAGCGGUUUGGCAAGAAAAAAUGAAGCUGGAGGUAGCCACCCGGAAAAAAUAAAC